AUGGCAAGUGAGCGGUCGUCCAAGAGCUACAGCUUCAUCUCGGAAGGGUCCUUCAAUGCCGAGUGCAGCGCGUACGAGUGGGACCGCAUGGCAGCUCUAACUGGAGCAGGAGACGAUAUCUACGGACUCCGUGUUCCCCGAGAAGUGCGAGUCCACUCGACAACCCCAACGGACAAUAGCGACGAUGUUUUGAGCCUCAGUUGUGCCUCGCAAGCUGCCACGAUGGCCACGACCACAGGAACCGCAAGCAGCGCGUACGAAGAGCGACACAAUCGGCACAAGAGACGGCACGUGGUUCAGGACACGACGUUCGAUCGCGAGUACUCCCUUGGCGAGAUGUUUGUCGUGGGUCGAUCCAGCUCCGCACCGCCUUCGAUUCAGCUGCUUCAGGAGAUGAUUCGACCGUCAGAGAGACGACGAGCAGCUACAGCCCCGCCAACGAGUUUUUUCAAUCACUUGUUGUACGGAAGUCUGCGCGCGGGAGCGCUGGCAGAGCUCUUUUCCCAGCCGUACUGCGGACUCGCCAUCUCUGCCGCCGUCACGGGGUUCAUGGCUCCGGUCCUGGCGGAAGCUUUCCAGCCAUUGCUUUGCAUGUACCUGACACUCAACAGUGAUCAAUGCACGGCCACGCGUCGCUUCCUCAAGGUCCCCGGUGUCAUGAGCUUUUUCAUCGGUCUCGUGUCGGAUUUCUACCCGAUCUGGAGCUUCCAUCGGAAAUCGUACAUGCUUGGCGGCUGGAUUUUGGCUUACAUGGCACUCAUGGCUCUUGUUGUGGUCACUGUGGUCGACGACAACACGGACUUGACGUAUGCCAGUGUCCGGGAUUUCUACGGAGGCGCAGUGUACGUGCUAUUGAUGGUGAUAGCGAGCUUAGGAGUCACUGUCGCGUCAGUUGCUGCCUUUGCGCUGUUGGUGGAGCUGUCACAACGCGAGCCGAUUCACGAGCGUGGCAUGUUGCUCGUUCAGUAUUUGCUCACACAGGAGACGGCAACGUUGUUGGCGAAUGUCAUGAUUGCAUUCGUGCUGGGGUAUAACGAGACGUCAGGAACCACGGAGGCUAUGGUGUCGAUGAAAGUGGUCAUCUUGAUCAUGGCUGUUGUUACGUUGAUACCGAUUCCGGCGGUACUGUUUCGACUGGACGAGGAGCCUCGGCAGCUCAAGGUGGAUACAAUUGAUCGGCUGUCGCUUACUCGUCAGCUGUGGAGUAUUUUGCAGCAACAGGCAGUGUGGCGCACCCUCGUAUUCGUGUGCUGCUCGAUGUUUUUGUCUGCAUUCCGAUUCAAGUUUGCCGAUGCUGCCGUGCUGUACUGGUCACACGUGACGCCUGACGACGAGCGCGUGGGCGAGAUCUUGAAGCAGAUUGUCAUGAUUCUAUCGAUUUUGGCCUUCCGGCUCACGUUGUUCAACUACAGCUGGAUUCGCAUCGCUGUUGGCGGCUUGAUCGUCGGAGUGGGCGUGACGCUACUGGCAACGCUUCCGACGAUUUUGGAUGGUGUUCGCAGCACGUGGUAUGUAUUGUCGACCUCGUCGUUUAUUGGAAUUUCGCGGGCAACCCUUUUGCUGGUCACGUUGCUGCCAAUUGUGGAGAUCACGGAGACUUGUUUGGAGGGUGCGACGACCGGGCUAGUGCUGUCGUAUAACACAUUGGUUGGCAUGGCGAUUUCGACGUUCUCGGAUGCGAUCAGCACAUCAACAGCAGGGCUCCAGCGAGGCUUUGCGCACGAUGUGAUUGAAAAAGACGCUUCCGAAACGCGUACUCAAGUCUUGUCGUUUGUUGUAGUGAACUGCGCGAUCAAUUUGCUUGCACUGGUACCAAUGGUCUAUUUAUUGCCACGUCAGAAGCUCGAGGCGCAAGAGAUGCUUGCAUAUGGCGAACACAGUCGUCUGGCUGGAGUCGCUGUCACUGUGUUGUUCGUUGGUCUUGUCGCUUACGCCGGCACCGUUGACGUGUUGACGCUAAUAAAUGAGACGUACAAGUGA